AACAACAUUCAAGAUGGAGGUGACUGUUGAAAAGCUGGAAGCGAUGUUCCUGAAGUCCGAGGCUGACCUGGAGUACAUGGAGAGGCGACUGAAACUGGACUUCAUCAACAACACUGCAGCUGAAGGAUGUUCUGCUGAGGAAAAUGUGUCCGUGAUGCUAGAAAAUCUGAAGACUAUCAAGGCCAAACACUCUCUGCUGAAGGAUCAGGUGAAGGAGAUUACAGAGGCACAGAGAGAGUCCAUGGAGUCUAUCAGAACCAACCUGAGCAGGGCRAUGGAGCUGAUUCAGCACUGUCAGCAGAAAUCUGAUCUUCAGGCUGAGCCUCUGACGGAGUCGGAGCAACAAUCAGCAGUUCUGCUGGGGUCAGAAGUCAGUCAGCUCAGAACAGAGGAGACUCCUACUUCUACAACUUCUGACCAAAAACAACCACAGAGCUGUGGGUACGAGGAAGUGAGCGCAGCCACAUUUGAAGCAGUUCCUCUCAGUGUCCGCUCCAACAUCAAGUUGGCUGAGCUGAAUGAAUUCUACCAGCAGCUGCAGCAGCAUCUCAGCAACAGGGAAUCACUCACCAUCCAGAGAAUGAAGCAGCUGAAGUUGAAAGUGAGCGAUAUCAAGCUGAGGGUCCUGCAGCACAUGGGCCUGAUGGAUCUGGACCGAAAAGGUCAAGUCCGCCUGGCGCUGUGACCAGGUUGUGAGAGUCUAUUGGGUUUGGCCGCUUCUUCGUUUGUUGCAGACAUUUUGGGGUCACAAACUGGCCAACACGUUAGAAACUGCAUGCUUCAAUCAUCCAGCUCUGUGUGCAGUCAUCCUGAAACCAAGCAGCUUUAAAAUGUCUCUGAUCUUUCUGAACUGCAAGUCAAAAACUGCAACAUUCCUGCUAACAUAAAAACAAAAACAUGAGAUGUCAGGAUCCGUCUGAAGUUUUAUUAUUUUAAAACAUCUGAUCCUUCUAGUUUUUAAAGGUUGUUCUGUUCUCCUGCAGCUCUCUAACAUUUGAUAUCUGAAAACAGAAAGUCUUGACUGGAUGUUGGAGAGCAGUAAUAGGUUGACCUGUUGUUUGCUGAUUUCUGUUGCACUUAUUCACCUUAAUUUAAUAAACGUUUUGUUGUCUAUUA